AUGUCCUCUACUAUCGCCAAAGUUCUCAUCGCCGCCCUCGCCGCCGGUGUCUCCGCUCUCCCCUACGAGUCCAACGCCUCGAGCUGGGCUCCCUCCACCACGUCCGCCGCGGCCCCUGCCCCGACGGUCGACAACACUGCCCUGAUCGAGAAGCUCAAGGACGCGCCCCGCGCCAUCGACCGCUUCAAGCUCCUUCUCACUAAGGACGGCAAAGGUCAGGAGCUGCUGCCGCCGGACGAGCUGCAGAAGGUCAUCGCCUUCGACUUCACGGCCAACGUCGACCCGGGCAAGGGCAAGGGCGGCGCGCUCAAGUCAGCGCAGAUCAACAACUUCCCCAUCCUCACCGACCUGGGCAUCUCGACGACCGUCGGCUUCCUGGGACCUUGCGGUCUCAACACGCCGCACACGCACCCGCGCGCCACCGAGUUCCUGACGCUCGUCGACGGCGAGAAGCUCGACUUCGGCUUCAUCGUCGAGAACGGCCUCGUCGCCGACGGCAACAACGCCGAGGCGGCCGGCUCGCUGGGCAGGCUGGGCGGCGCCGUCUUCCCCAUCGGCUCCAUCCACUACCAGUUCAACCCGACGUGCAAGAACGCCACCUUCGUCGCAACCCUCACCAACGAGGACCCCGGCACCAGCCAGAUGGCCCAGAACUUCUUCGGCCUGAACGGCGACAUCGUCCAGGCCACGCUCGGCUUCCCCGAGCAGCUGGACGGCGCGGACCUCGAGUCUUUCAAGGCCAAUAUCCCGGCCAACGUGGCUCUCGGUGUGGAGCAGUGCCUGCAGACUUGCAACAUCCCGAAGAACUAG